CUCCGCGACACUUUGCAGACGCUCCCCUGCGCUGGGCAUGGGCGCCGCCACUGCCGUCGGUCCCGGGGCUGGAGUCCGUGCGCGGGCCAGGUGUCCCUGUGGUGUUGACCCCACGAGGAACCAAAGAAUUUAAGGGCCGAACCCCUUCACAACCAAGAUUCCUCUCGCUGAGCCCCCGCGCUCUGGGUCCAUACUUUGGAAGCCUCUGACUCUGUCCAGAAGUAUGGAUCCUUUCCCCCCUCAGACUGGUGAUCCUUCUUGACUCCGGAGGAACAGGUAUUCCACCUCUCCAGGGACUGUCUGCUUUUGGUGACCUGCUUCUGUCCAGUGCCCCCAAGGGCUCAGUUGCUGGGUCUGCAGGAAGCCUCCUCGAUAUGAAUGACAGAAACAACCGUUGGCGGACAAUGAAGGACGAAGAGACCUUUGAGAUCUCCAUUCCUUUUGAAGAGGCACCCCACUUAGACUCACAAAUCUUAUACAGUCUGAGUCCCUCUCGGAGAAAUGUGGAGGAGCCUUCAGAGGGCACCUCCCCAACUCUGGCCCUGAUGAGCAGUGUUAAGGCUCAGCUGCACAUGGCACUGGAGAGGAACUCAUGGUUGCAGAAGCGCAUUGAGGACCUGGAGGAAGAGAGGGACUUCUUGCGGUGUCAGCUGGACAAAUUCAUUUCCUCUGCCCGGAUGGAUGCAGAGGACUACUCCCGGAUGAAGCCUGGAUCUCGGAGGGUUGAUGGGGACACCAGGGCUGGGGUUGGGGGAGAAGCCUCAGACCCUGAGUCUGCAGCCUCCUCCUUCAGCGGGGUUUCCGAAGAGGGAAGUGCCAGCGAAAGGAAGAGGCAGAAGCAGAAGGGAAGUACUGGCCGGAAGCGAUUUGGGAAGACCAAGGCUCGAGAGAGGCAGCGGGUGAAGGAUGCUGAUGGGGUCCUCUGCCGCUACAAGAAGAUCCUGGGCACCUUCCAGAAGCUGAAGAGCAUGUCCAGAGCUUUCGAGCACCACCGUGUGGACAGGAACACCGUGGCGCUGACCACGCCCAUCGCAGAGCUACUCAUUGUGGCUCCGGAAAAGCUGGCUGAGGUGGGAGAGUUCGAUCCAUCCAAGGAGCGCCUGCUAGAGUAUUCCCGCCGCUGCUUCCUGGCACUGGACGACGAGACUCUCAAGAAGGUGCAGGCUCUCAAGAAGAGCAAGCUGCUCCUGCCCAUCACCUACCGCUUCAAGCGGUGAUGCCGCCGCCCUGCACGCCUCCCGCCCAGCAGAUUGCUGGUUAGGUCGGGCUUCCCGGGGCACCGCCAGGGCUAGAAGCUGCCCUUCCUGAGCACUGGGCCCUGCUUCUCGGCCGCACACGCUAGGCACCCCAUCUCCAUUUCACCCCGCAGGGGCUGCCAGCUAGGCCUCCUUAGCCAGGAGUAGCCCAUCUGCAUCCCAUGCAAAGACAGAGCAUUAUUCUGAGAGUUUAAAUUAAAGAGACAUGAAAAUUUUCAAUAAA